AUGGCCAAACUGUGGUUCACCCAACCCAACCCAAGCCGUGCUUCACCCAACCCAAGCCGUGCUUCACCCAACCCAAGCCGUGCUUCACCCAACCCAAGCCGUGGUUCACCCAACCCAAGCCGUGGUUCACCCAACCCAAGCCGUGGUUCACCCAACCCAAGCCGUGGUUCACCCAACCCAAGCCGUGGUUCACCCAACCCAAGCCGUGGUUCACCCAACCCAAGCCGUGGUUCACCCAACCCAAGCCGUGGUUCACCCAACCCAAGCCGUGGUUCACCCAACCCAAGCCGUGGUUCACCCAACCCAAGCCGUGGUUCACCCAACCCGUGGUUCACCCAACCCAAGCCGUGGUUCACCCAACCCAAGCCGUGGUUCACCCAACCCAAGCCUUCGUUCACCCAACCCAAGCCAUGGCUCACCCAACGCAAGCCAAACAAAGGCAUCACCCUUUACAAUGGCUGCUACACAAGCUGUAGAAGUAUUAAUGGUCACCCUAUAUAUCAAACCCCUUCAACAGGCUUUGACAGAGGAAGUGGAUAGAUUUGUUGAUGGUUUGUGACAGUUAUAUCAGUAGGAGGGUUUUAAAGGACUCUAUUUAAUAUAGUUUGUAUCAUUCUUUGCACGUGUUUUUGCCUCCAUUUAUGUAAAAUGAUACUCGAUUUUUUUUAUUUAAGCUUAAAUUGAAAUCUAAUAUUUGGGGGAUUAUUUUUGCAUUAAGGGUUUGGACUGAAAGAAAAUAUACUUCCGUUUUAUCAAGUAUUCCCACAAAUAAGCUGUUGCCUCUAGAACACAAAUCGCUUUUUUUAGGGGGGGAUUCUUCUGCCUCAGAAACUUAGUAUCUGUAGCAUUUUAUAACAACUUUUGUCCUAUAAAGUGAAUCCUUAAAAAUCAAAACAGAAAUAACCUUUUGGAACUUUCUUGUACAUGUAAUUUACCCAUGCCGAGCUUUGAUAGCUGGACUUCAUGCCCUAAAAACCAGGCUUUAUUUAUUAAUUUUUUUUUUUUUUUAAAAGCUUCACUUUUUGAGAAUAUUAAGUUUUGUAAUUGUAGAUCUGUAUAGGUGGACGCACGCUGUAACGCACUUGCGAGUUCGCGAAAGUGAUGUACAUGUAUGAAAUGUAAAUACUUCAAUAAAACAAUACUUUUAUUAUCA